CCCGCGCCGCGAGAAUUUUAUAGACGAGCGUGCGAAGUUUUCGGCACAUGAUUCGGCUCCUAACUUGGCGUCAUCAGCUAAUCAGGCGAUAAAUAAUUAACUAACUAAUUAAUUAAUUAAUUAAAGUUCCAAGUGCGUGAUAUGAGUGGCUCUGGGAAAAGUCUACUGGGGGUUUGGCUCUAUCGCCAAGGAGAGGAGUGGACUUUGAAGGAAAAUAUAAAACUUCCAAUACCCCCGGAGAAAAGACAAAAACUGGCACAUCUAGCUCUUCCGCCAGACGUCAAAAGUAAUUCAGUGAUUUUCUCGCUCAAAAAUCAAGUUGGUGGAUUAGCAAGAGCCUUGCAAGUUUUUCAGGACCUAGGCAUCAACGUUCUGCACAUCGAGUCCCGGCCGUCGAGCAGGAAGGAGUCCGAGUACGAGAUCCUCGUGGACGUGGAGUGCGACAACCGGCGGAUGGAGCAGCUCAUGAGCCUCCUCCGCCGGGAGGUGGCCGCCAUCAAUCUGGCCAACUUCGAGGACGGCGCCGAGCUCCCCCCGCCCACCCCCCUCUCGGCCACCGCCAGCUUCGAUUUUGAGGAAAUGCCAUGGUUUCCAAGGAAAAUCGCAGACUUAGAUAAGGCUCAAAAAGUUUUAAUGUAUGGUGCAGAAUUAGACGCGGAUCAUCCGGGUUUCAAAGAUCCAGUUUACCGAAAGAGGCGCGAGCAGUUUGCAAAAAUCGCUUUCUCCUACAAAUAUGGUCAGCCUAUUCCUAAGGUCCAGUACACGGCGGAGGAAAUUAAAACAUGGGGCACUGUAUUUCGCGAGUUGCACAAACUGUACGUGAAGCAUGCGUGUAGAGAAUAUCUAGAAAAUUGGCCUGAUCUGGUAAAAUAUUGCGGCUACCGAGAGGACAACAUUCCACAGCUCCAAGACGUCAAUAUGUUUCUUAAAAGUAAAACUGGAUUUCAGUUGCGGCCUGUGGCGGGAUAUUUGUCACCGAGGGAUUUCCUGUCUGGUCUGGCAUUUAGAGUCUUUCACUGUACUCAAUACAUUCGUCACUCUUUGGAUCCUUUUUAUUCACCUGAGCCAGAUUGCUGUCAUGAGUUGCUAGGACACAUGCCUUUGCUAGCGAACCCUUCUUUUGCUCAGUUUUCACAGGAGCUUGGUCUGACAUCACUUGGAGCCUGCGAAGAAGAUAUUCAAAAACUCGCGACGCUGUAUUUCUUCACGGUAGAGUUUGGAAUGUGCAAGCAAGAGGGAGAACUGCGCGUUUAUGGUGCCGGACUUUUGUCGAGUGUGGCUGAGCUGAAACAUGCCAUAGAGGCCACUGAUAAGAUCAGACGGUUUGACCCUGACAUCACAGUCCAUGAAGAGUGCAUUAUAACAUCAUACCAAAAUGCCUACUACUACACGGAUACAUUUGAGGAGGCCAAGGAAAAGAUGAGGGCAUUUGCUGGGAGCAUCCAGCGACCGUUUGGUGUACGUUACAACCCUUACACGCAAAGCAUUGAAGUGCUGAGCAACACGCAGAAGAUUGCAGCACUUGUAUCAGAGUUACGUGGUGAUUUGUGCAUUGUAAGUAACGCACUGCGCAAGAUCCAUGCUGAAGAGGAGACUGUUGAGAACUUGACCAGCAUGCUUCAACAUGGUAUUCAAUUGUCCCCGAACAUCUCGCCUCAACUUUCUCCAGAACGAGAGGCUGAGAAGAAACUGGGUAUCCAAGAGACAGAGAAGAAAAACUAACUUUAAGAUGCAGCUUAAGAGCCAGUUGGAGAUAGGACAAAAAUAAAAUCCACAGUAAGAAAUGCAAUUCAUUGAACCAAAACCUAUAAGUUGAGAGGACUCUACAACGAUUUUAAAAAAGAACAACAAACAUGACCUUUAGAGAGAUUUGUCAAAUUUUCUUGAUAAAGAACCAAUAAAUAAUGGGAAUUAAAUGAGCAAUUCUGAAGUGCGUGAUACCAUUCUCAUCCCUUCUCAGAGCUCAGAAAUGUCGAAUGGUGGAUUUUUGUUUGGCCUUGCACGUUUCAGUUUGUACAACACAACUACGACUGAUUCUAUCAAAAUCAAAAUUGUAAAACCAAUAACACCAUAUGUGUCCCUUUCAAUCCUGCUGACAAGGUCAAAUUGCUACUUUUUUGUUGCUUUGCAUCCUCAAAGAUAUAUCAGAGAAUAAUCCAUGUGGACAGCCAAACUUCGAACCAAUUCAGCUAAAAGAAGUAACUUAAGUAAGUGGGGAAGGGGGGAGGAGAAAAUUUUAAUGCAGAUAAAAGUCUGCGUCGACUAGAUAUUAUGAUUAGCAGAGAACUAUAUGAUAGUUGAAGCUUGGAACGUUAACGUUGUUUUAUGCAAAAAGUAUAUUGUUAAAUAAAGUAUUUAUUUGAAGAACA